AUGGCGAGUAUCAGUACUGGCAUUGGGUAUUUUGGGAAGGGAGUGGAAUUUGCCAUUGGGAUUCCCGGCAUGGAGGAGGUGGAGGAGGUGGAGGAGAUGAUUGAGAUGGGCAUAGAAGAUUGGGAAUUAAUGCUCGGAUUUGGAUUCCGGGCCAAGUUGAUGGCGGCGUACGACAGUCUGUAA